CCUCGUCUUUUGUCCCUCCUCCAGUCUUCAUGAUCGGAGCAGCUCUCUCCAUCUAGCCGCGCAUCCAGCACCCGGAGCCCCGCCAGGAUGAUGCGCCGCCGCCGCAGCGACAGCCUCCACUUCUCUUCCAGCCUCCUGUAACAAGAGCCCCGCCGGGUACCCGUGCGCUGCCGUCCUCCUGAGAUGCCACACUGCCCCCUUCGCCGGACCGUGCCCGCAUUGUGCGUCGCUCCUCGCUGAUAAGAGAGCAUGCCCGACGCGGGGACGGGAGGCGCCGCGGCCGCCGGGGGUGCGACCACCUCCGGCGACGGCUCCGACAGCUCCCGACACCGACACCGAGCGCAGCAGCAGCAGCAGCAGCAGCAGCAGCAGCAGGGGGACUCGGAGAGGCCGGAGUCGGGUUCUGCCCCGCAACAGAGCUCCUCGGGAGUCCUGGAUAAGUUGUUUGGGAAGCGGCUGCUGCAGGCUGGGAGACACAUCCUGUCUCAUAAGUCUUGGAUGAAAACGGUGCCCACGGAGAACUGUGAUGUCCUCAUGACAUUUGCAGACGCUACAGAUGACCAUACGUUGCUCUGGCUACUCAACCACAUCCGGCUUGGAAUCCCGGAGCUCAUCAUCCAAAUCCGGCAUCAUAAGCACACCAGAGUCUACGCGUUCUUCAUCACCGCUACGUACGAAAACUUGCUGCGAGGCGCUGAGGAGAUGGGACUGAGGAAGGGGGUGAAGCCUGAGUUUGGUGGAGGAGCGCGGAGCUUCUCCUGCGAGGAGGACUACAUCUACGAGAACAUUGAGAGCGAGCUGUGCUUCUUCACCUCACAGGAGAGACAAAGCAUCAUAAAGUACUGGCUGGACAAUCUGCGUGCCAAGCAGGGCGAGGUUCUUCAUAAUAUCAACUUCCUGGAGGGCCAGCCAAUCAUUCCAGAGUUGAAAGCCAGAGGUGUGAUCCAGCAGGUGUUUCCUCUCCAUGAGCAGAGGAUCCUCAGCCAGCUGAUGAAAUCCUGGGUCCAGGCUGUCUGUGAGAAACAGCCUCUAGAUGAUAUCUGUGACUACUUUGGGGUGAAGAUUGCGAUGUAUUUCGCCUGGCUGGGUUUCUACACCACCUCCAUGUUAUAUCCCGCUGUGAUCGGCUUUGUGCUAUGGAUGCUCACAGAGUCGGAUCAGACGAGCCGUGACAUCUGCUGCGUGGUGUUCGCGCUGUUCAACGUGGUUUGGGCCACUCUGUUCCUGGAACGGUGGAAGAGGAGGGGCGCAGAGCUGGCGUACAAAUGGGGAACGCUGGACACGCCCUCCAAAUCCCUGGAGGAGCCGCGGCCGCAGUUCAGGGGGGUGAAACGCUGCAGCCCCAUAACGGGAUGUGAGGAGUUUUACUACCCUGCGUGGCGCAGGCGUGUGUUCAGGUGGCUGGUCAGCCUGCCCAUCUGUAUCCUCUGCCUCUGCUUCGUCUUCCUCGUCAUGCUCAUCUGCUUUGAGCUGCAGGAGUUUGUGAUGGGGAUCAAGGAAAUGCCUCGGCUGGCCCGCUUUAUCCCUGAAAUCAUGCUUGCUAUCACUGUGAGUGCAUGUGACGAGGUGUACAGGAAAAUCGCCUGCUGGCUCAACGACAUGGAAAACUACAGACUCCAGAGUGCCUAUGAGAAAAAUCUCAUCAUCAAAAUGGUUCUUUUUCAGUUUGUAAAUUCAUAUCUCAGCCUUUUUUACAUCGGAUUCUACCUCAAAGACAUGGAGCGUCUGAAGGAGAUGCUGCUGGUGUUGUCUCUGUUGCGGAGUCUGCAGCGGCAGAUCCGGGAAAAUCUGCUGCCUUACAUCUUCUUCAAGAUCCAGAUGAUUAUGGUGUCUGUGCCCUGGUUCUUCAGGGCUUUGCUCAGGUCUAAAAUGCUGGCCACCCUGCUCAUCAUCCGCCAGUUCCUUCAGAACGUGAAGGAGGUUCUGCAGCCUUACCUGUACGAGCGCCACAAGCUGGGGGAGCUCUCGCUGAGAGCCGUGUGGGACCUGCUGCUCUCCGUGCUGCUCAAAUACGGCCGGCUGGCGGCCGGGAAGGUCCAGGCCUCUCCCUCGGACCAGAACGUGCCUGGACUCGGGCUGAGGGGCACCAGAGCUGGAGCGGGGCAGCCAGAACGAAGGGAGAAGAAGUGUCUGAACGGCGGAUGUGGAGUGCCCGAUGAGGAGGAGGGAGGGGAGCGGGACGAGGCCGACAGCGGGAGGUUCAGCGAAGGAGAGACGGAGGAGGAGAACGUGAUUGACUGCGGCCUGAAGCUGAGGAAAGUCAGCUUCAUAGAGAAGGUGGAUAGGAGGCCGGCCUGCGGUGGAGCCCCCGUGGAAAACAGCUUCCUGGAAGAAGGGAGCCCCACCAUGGUGGAGAAAGGAAUGGAUCCUGCCUCCGUGUUUGAAAUGUGCGACGAUGACGACGACAAUGGGAUCCAUGACGUGAAAGACCCGGGAGGGGGCGGCGCCGAGGGUCUUAACGCUGCUGCUGCUGCUGCUGCUGCUGCUGCUGCAGCUGCUGCAGGCAACGCUGCCUCGCCGCCCGCUGCCUCUGAGAGCGGCACGUCACUGCGUCACAGAAGGAGAGGCCAGAGCGUGGAGAGGAGCGCGGAGAGGACGGAGCCUAAGAGCAAAAGGGAGUCGUGGAUGGAUCCUCCGGAAGAGACGGAGAGCACCACGCUCACACAGGCGGAGAUGGAGAGCUGCAUGCAGACAUACGCUGACACCUUCCAGGACUAUCAAGAGAUGUUUGUCCAGUUUGGCUACGUGGUUCUCUUCUCCUCGGCCUUUCCUCUGGCUGCCAUGUGUGCGCUCAUCAACAACAUCAUUGAGAUCCGCAGUGACGCCUUUAAGCUGUGCACAGGGCUGCAGAGGCCUUUUGGAGUCCGGGUGGAGAGCAUCGGCCAGUGGCAGACGGCGAUGGAAGGCAUGGGCCUGAUCGCCAUCAUAGUGAACUGUUACCUGAUUGGUCAGUGCGGUCAGCUGCAACGCCUCUUCCCUUGGCUCAGUCCUGAGAUGGCCAUCAUCUCUAUCGUCAUCCUCGAGCAUUUUGCCAUCCUGCUGAAGUACAUCAUCCAUGUGGCCAUUCCUGACGUCCCUACAUGGGUCAAAGAGGAGAUGGCGAAACUGGAUUACCAGCGUCGGGAGGCCUUUAAGAAGCAUGAGCGGCAGGCGCAGCAGCAUUACCAGCAGCUGCAGAGGAGGAAGAGGGAGGAAGAGGAGAGGCAGCGGCAGGCGGAGCAUAUGGCGCGCAGGGAGAGGGAGCGCGAUGACAGCAAAGGCGACUCCUCCGGGGAUCAUCACCACGACAAGAAUCACGGGAGCAAAUCUCGUUCUGGAGGCGGCGGCGGCGGCGGAGGAGGAGGAGGAGGAGGAGGAGCGGCCAGCGGUUCCGAGAAACCCAAGAGACCCAGCUCCCUGUUGGCCAAUAAUAACGUGAUGAAGCUGAAGCAGAUCAUCCCGCUGCAGAGCAAGUUCUCCGGUGGAGCCCGUUCUCCUCAGUCGCCCACCGGCAGCGAGCCCAAACUACCCGGGUUCCUCAGCUUCAAGUUCCUCAAGUCGCCCGAGAACAGGAAGGAAGGAGCGGCCGCCUCCUCCUCCUCCUCCUCCUCCGCAGCAGGCGCCACUAAUGCCGCGGCGGCGUCAUCGUCAUCUUCAUCAUCAUCAGGUAGCAGCUCUCAGGAGCGUUCUCAGUCACCCAGUAAGGCCUUCAACCCUGGAAAACUGUUCAACUUUGGCAAAUCGGAAGGGGGAACGUGCGUGAACGGGGCUCCGCCGCCCAGACCCGGAGACGGCUCGUCGUCGCAGACGUCGGAAAGACAAGCCUCCCGGUCCGACUUGAACGGCGUUCCCGACGAGAUCCCUUCGCCCCCGGGAGAGGGCUCUGAGAACGGACAUCACACAGACUCGGACCCGGCCGCUUCUAAAAUCUAGCGUCUCAACGGGGGGGGGGGGAGAAAACUACAUGUGAAGCAGAGUUGAUGCGCUCGCUGUGAGAAAGGGCCUGACGUACCUUUUGUGCUUUUUAUAAGCCGUUGCGCGGAGGUACUGGAAGCAGAAAGGGGAAAAAAAAGCUGAAUCCCGAUGAAAGGUGACUGUUGUUCCGGCCUGCUUUCUUGCAGAGACAAAAAAAAAUAAUCUGGCUUCGUACGACAGACGCGAAGCCCUUCUGUCACGACCGACUACAACACACUCACUCAAAUUCUUCCUUGUCUGCAAUACGUAAAGAAAUGCAUGAGCUGCGUUUCGACUAUUUUAAGCCUUUAAAGCAGAGAGCUAUGUUUCCUGGUUUCCUUUAGUCAGAAAUUGUAAGCAUCUUGGUGGCCUCACAUGAAAAAGAAAAAAAAAAAAUCAGCCCGUUGUGAAGGAUAUGGAUUAAAAACAAAGAUGGAAAGAUUUCCAGACUCCAUCCUUCUCAACACAAGUAAACAUUUGAUCUCUUUUUUUUUUUUUAUUGUGAGAAAUUUUUGGGGCCCUCCUCUUUUUUUAAUGAAGCAGAAAAACGGAAAAGCAAUAUCAGUCAGUGUUUUAAUAUUUCUCGACGGUCACGACGCAAAAUCUGUCCUCCCUGAUAAAUCACCAGCUUUAUUUUGAAAGCAGAGGUGAUGUCUGAGCGUUCAGCUUCCUUCCCGUUCUGUACCAUUAAAAAAAACUAAACAAAGUAAAGAGCUUAGCAAGUCAAAUUGCCCGUACCAGUAUUGUUCCCUGGAGAAAUUUAAACAGACGAUUGGGGGGGGAGGCAGCGGAUGAAGGUGAUGUUUGAGAAAGUGGAGCAUGGAUGCCUGUUGCAAGCUGCUCUCCAUCCAAGCCCGUAGAGUGCCGUGUAAACCCAGAUGGCGCUUUGUUUCCAACACUCCAGUCAGACUUGGCAAAAUGAGUCCAGAGGUAAACAGAAGAAAGUUGCACCAAACCCCAGCGACCUGACGACAAGCUCAACUCCAGUCUGAUUCAUGAUGUUAUGCAAAAAAGAUUAUUUUUUUUUCCCCUAAAACACAGAAAGCAUCUCCUGCAUCCUUCACACUUAUUGGCUCCCAUGAUAAAGAUGUGAAGAAGCCUUAAAAUGAAUGUAUCUUUUAUCAAAGUAGAAUCAUCCCACAGUUUAAGGAACAAGUAAUAAUGACACCUAGUGGUUAAAAUGGGAACAACACAUACACAAUACCCACUCAUGGAGACCCGGUAGAAACUCCACUGAAUUGUUACUUACACAGGACAGGUCUAUGAUGUAUUCUCCUCUACGUCUGGUCUGAUUCUCUUACUGGCUUCCAUGUUAGCAGGCUGCUUCUCUUUUGCCAAAAUAAAACACCAAAUGCUGCGCUCUGUGUUGGGAACCCUGGGAACUCUCAUGCGAUUGGCUCAGGAACCAGGAAGUAAACACCAAGGUAGUUCCAGACCUUACCUCUAUGUUUGAAAUGAGAAAAAUGUGACUCAGACGUGGUUGGAGAGGACCGAGGAAUGCUACUUCCAUCCCAGGCGAUAAAUAAGAAUGAUUUAGGUUGAUUUUACAGUAAAUAUCUUACUUAUUGCUUCUUUAAAGCUUAAAAAUAUUUCAUUAGGUACAUUAACUAAUUAUCUUUGCACCAUAUAUGUUCUCCAGUGUCCUGGUUCCUCUCCUUGUCAGCUCCCAGGGCAGUUUUCCAUUAGGCUUUAGCUCUUGAGACAGAGAUGGCCAUGGAACAAAGCUGAUUUUGUAUCUGAUCGACCAAAUCUGUGUGGAUUUAGCCACUCUCCUACUUACUCUCUUGCUGACAACAGUUGUUUGGUUAUCUGGCAGAAACCACAAGUAUUUUGUGGUAUUUCAGAGUUUACAAAACCAAACUAACAAUUCUCCCAAGGCCUUUAGAAGCAAGACGCCCCACAGCAUCACAGAUCCUCCACUGUGCCUAAUAGUGGAGAAUGAGGUGUUUUUUCCUCAUAUAUUCUUUCACUCCAAACCCAACUAGACUGUACAUUGCUGAAAGGUUUUGACCAAAACACACGGUGCCAAUUAAAACUCAGCACACUUAUAUAGUGAUCGUGGGAAAGAGUCUUUUUUUCCUGACAGACCCGAUAAUUCCUGUUAUGGAGACUUGAAAGAUUAAGUUUUCUAAGUAAGGAGAUUUUUUUUACUUCCCUUAUCAUCGCCUUCACUUUGCAUAGUGGAGCGAUAAACUUGGUUUGUCCGUCCAGCCAAGUGGCUAAGAAAAACAGACCUAUGUGUUACAUCACAUUUAUCCCCCAUAUAAACAAGUUGUUUAUUGCUAAUUACAGAUCAAAUGGCAGUGAUUUAAUAAGUGGAGUCAAACUCAUUUAUAUUUUAGGGGAAUGUUACAGGGGUCGACCGGUGUGAUUUUAUUUGUACAAUUUUCUACAUGUGAGAUUUUAACUACAGCAAUAAAAGCUGAAUUUGUUUUAAGGCUUUUGACACUGUGCCAAUAGGUGUGGAGGAUGCUGUAUUUUAUUUUAUCUCUGCUCAUAGCAGCUGUUUGAUUGUUGGACAUUGACCACUUGUUUUGAAUAUACUGUACUUUUUUCAUU